UUACCUGAGUUGUAGAUGCGCAUGCGCAAUAAGUUGCAAUUACACUUCCUGUUUGCUGUCAAAAAAUCGAAAUUGAAAAUAACAGAUUUUGUAGAGCUGCAUGACUGCAUAAAAUCUAACAUUUUUAAAAUCGCUGAAAUAAAAUUGCAAAUAAGUAACAAUUCAAAGAUAUCAGAAGACAUGCCUAGCAAACAGAAAGGUAGUUCCAAAAAUGGAAAAGAAAGUAUGAGGAAUAAAAAAGUUGUCAAUACUACUGGAAAUAUAUCAUCUGGUUCUGGGACUUACUUGUUUUUCAUUGGUCUGAGUGUUGUCAUAGCAACAGCAGCUGUUAUCUUGACAUUUGAAGAUGUUCAACUUUAUUUUGUCAAAUUAACUAAAAUGGGAUCAAACCCACUGGAAUCCAUUUUAAAAGCAGAAGAAUUGAGACAAACAACAGAAGAUCCCAAAGAUGUUCCAGAUUCCAAAAGCAAUAAUGAGGAUGAUUCAUCUAGUGAAAAUAACGAAAACGAAAGUGAUCAGGGCGCUAACAGGGAAUCUGAGAGUGAUCAAAUAAAAGAACCCAAAGAUGAAAAUAAAACAGAAAAGAAGAAAAACAAGAGAAAAGAUUAUGCGAAGAAUGAUAUAACAAGUAAAGCAGACUAUAAGGUCAGAAGUAAACUUGAUGCAGCCGACAAACUACUAGAAGAGGGAGAUGUGGAAGGUGCCAUUCAAAAGUUUGACAAGAUUUUACAGAGUCAUCCUAACAGCCCUAGAGCAUUAUGGGGGAAAGGUUUAGCUACAGAUAAAUUAGCAGAAAGAAAGAGAAGUAAUAGCCUGCUGGAAGAAGCUAUAAAACUCAUGGAUACUGCCUUAAGAGUAUCUGACACACCUGAGAAGUUGUUAAUGCAAAUAGCUACAAAACUUGCCCAGAGACAAGCUUUCAGAGGGUGGAGUCAUAAGGAAGCAAAGACAUGGCAGUUUUUGAUCCAGAAGUUUCCGGACAAUAUGGAGUACCGGAAAAAGCUCGGUGUCAGCUAUAUGAUGAUUGGUAAUAUUGAAGAGGCAAGAAAAGUGUUUACAGGUAUUUUACAAAAAUCACCUGGCGAUGGUUUCGGCCUGGUCCACUUGGGCUUUAUCUUAAAAACUACAGAUCUGAAUUACAAAGAGGCAAUCCCCAUGCUCCAGAAUGGAAUUGACACAAAAGAAGAGGGAACUCAAGAUGGCCGCUUCUUCUAUCAUCUUGGUGAUGCAUAUCUUCGUGUGAACCAAACUGACAAGGCUAGGGAGACUUACAGGAGGGGAGCUGAUAUUGGCCUAUUUUUAUCAGAGUACCAAAGGUCCCUUUAUAAUGCCAAUACUAAAAUUACUGGACGUCCAUGGUGGACACCAGAACAGACAACAUACAAAAGAUAUCUCACAAUGUUAGAAAAUAACUGGAAGAUAAUUCGAGAUGAAGGUUUGGCUCAACUAGAUCAGAAAACUGGUGCUUUUAUUCCAGAGGAGGAAAAUCUCAGGGAAACUGGUGACUGGAAACAGUUUACACUAUAUCAACGAGGCAAUAAAGAUGAAAAUAAUUGCAAGAGAGCUCCUAAAACUUGUGCCUUAAUAGAUCAGAUUCCUGAAGCGAAGGGCUGUACAAGGGGUCAGGUCAAAUUCUCGGUGAUGCAUCCUGGGGUUCAUGUCUGGCCCCAUACAGGACCCACAAAUUGCAGGUUACGGGCCCACCUUGGUCUUAAAAUUCCGGAAGGACCAAGGAUUAGGGUUGGUGAUGAGAUAAGAACUUGGAAAGAAGGGAAGUUUAUUAUCAUUGACGACUCGUUCGAACAUGAAGUGUGGCAUGAUGGUACAGAACUGAGACUCAUCCUCAUUGUAGACUUUUGGCAUCCAGAAAUACCGCAAAAUGAAAGAAGAUCAUUGUCUCCGAUAUAGAUUGUUUGUUGAGUUGUAAUUUACCAACACAUAGAAGUCCCAGAUGUAGUUUUUUUUAUUUUGUACACAUGUAUAUAGCUUCAAGUUAUCUGAUAGAAAUUUACAGUUACUUUUCAACUGUAGAAGAUGGAUUUUUGGUAUUUCAUGUUUUGACGUCAAAAAUGUGUACUCGUAUGCCUUUCAUAGCAACAUAUCAAUAACCAGGUGCAUUACCUGUUUAUAAGGGAAAAAAUAUUCCUUUUGUAUUAAUCAGAUUUUUUUGCACAUUUUUCUGAGGUGAUUGUAGAGGACAUGUUGGGAAACAGUUGUAAGUCCUUUGUGUCUUACAUCCGCUUUACCUCAUGCCCUAAAUAUAAUAAAUGAAUUGUUAAAUGCUAUUCUCUUAGACUGUAUCUCUCUCAUUGAUUGUGUAAAGUUGUUGCCGUCACAACAUAUGUACUGCGGGCCUUGUGGGAUAACAAGUUUACAUAAUCAGCUUGAGUAAUACAACCUAUCAGAAUAACAUGCUCAUGCAAUUUUCUCUAUAUAUUAGGUAAGAUUUGUGUAUACUAACAUGUGAUAGAAAGCUGUGAUGCUAGUCUUAUGUCAAAAUCUAGUUUUAUCUUAACAUUUUUAAGGACUUCUUGAUAUAAUUGUGUUGGAGUUAAUUAUUUUUAAAAAAUCUUGUUUAACCAUGACAUUUUUUAUUGACAUUUAGAUAUAAUAAUAUAAUGAGGUCUAUAAAAAGAUAUAGUUUAAUCAAACAAUUUAAUGGGUCAUGUUCCCCUGAUCUUUUCUGGCAUAGAUUUAUCUCGUAUUGACAUUUUUUUUAUGAAAUUCUUGAUAAAUCUAUAAACAGGCCAUAUAUUUAUUGUUUUGGUACCACCACCAUUUUGGUGGCAUCGGGAACUUAUGUUAUGUCAAUUGUGUCAGACAGGAGGGAAUUUUAGAAUUAUACUGGAAACUACUAAAUAGAGAAGAACUGGCAUUUUGCAAUAUUGUUAACAUACAUUCUUUUAAGUAAAAAGAACCUGAACUUUUUUAAAAAAUCAAAUUAAUAAAAUAAAUCAUUACCAUCUGAAAAAUUUCAUUAAAAUUAAGAAUUUUUUUUUUUUUCAUUUGAAAAAAAGCUUCGUUUCAUUUGACUAUGUGAAGGUCUUUUUGUUAAGGAAGUUACUUUGUACUGAUACUGGCUAAUAUUUAUGAGAGUGACAGGUAUUUGAGACAAGGUAUAUAGUUUUCAUAAAAAAGAUCUAUUUUGAUUGGCAGCAACUUAAGCAGAUUCAUGCUAAUUUACGAGAAAAUUUUUAAAAAUAUAUUUAAAAGUAAAAUAAUGUGAAAUGAAAAAAGGAAGUUAUUUAGACAUUUCAAAUUGGCGCUUACAAUCCAUGUAAAUUGCUAAAAAAGAGGUCAAUAUAUGCAAAAAUAGCCCAUACUGUGUAAGUCAGACAGAAAUAGGGCAGUAAAUAUCAUGACUACUACAAAAUCAGUCAUUUAUAGCACAAAAUUUGUAAAUUAUUACUUAAAUCUUUAUACUUUUCUUGCAAUCUUAGUACAUUUUUCUUAUUUAAAUAUUUUGACUCAUCUGGAGGAAUGCAGCUUUAAAGUGUUCUUAAUUUUCAUUGGUCAGUUUUGAAAAACUGUGUUCAAAAGAUGUGUUUGUACAUCUUUAAGGUACUUGUUUUGUAUAAACAUGUGUAUGCAUCAAAUGAUAAAGCACACUUAAAAUAGAGUUUUUUGUUUGUUAAUAAUUUAUAUAGUGUCAAAUAAUUUACUAAGGUGAUAUAGAUAAGUUUCAUUCAGUCAAGCACCUUUAUUAUAGUAAGAGAGAAUCAUUGAAAAUUAAAGGGUGAUAGUAAAGCUGUAAAUAAAAUGCCUUAAUAAUAUAAUGAUAAAUCAGGGACCAGAAUGUUGUUUGUGUAUUGUCUGUAGCAAAUGUUAGCUGUAGUUUUUAGACAUUGUCUUGUUUAAGAAUGUUAAAAUUUUAGGAGAAAAAAGACACUUUUACUGAUAGCUUUAAUGUAUAAAGAGUCUAUAGACCAAAGUAUGUUACUUGCAUUUACUUUGUAGACAGCUUUAAAAUUUGUUAGAAUUAUGUUAACCAGAAUUUUUAUUAUGUAUGUGAUUUCUGUAUGUUUAGAUAUUAUAGAUGUUAUCCGGAACUCGACAAAUGUGGGUUUUUUCCAUGCUAAUCCUCAGGUACAAACAAACUUUUACCGUUAUAGCUUCACGAUGCACUAUAGGUCACAAUAAAAUAGUCAACCUGUUGCGCUUAAUUUCGAAGCUGUAACUGUAAAAGUUGGUUUGUACCCCCAGAUCAACUGGGAAAAAACCAAAUAUUCUUAAUUUUGGAGUAAGUCUAUUGCCAUAGUCAAGAAUUAAGAUCCUAAAAUGUUCCAUCUUUAACUUGUGGUAAUAAAUCUUGAUGCAGAAGACCUAAUAGAUAUUGUGCCAUAAGGGUAAAUGAGAAAAAGAGAGACAUUUCUGUUUUAUUUAAUGCUAAGUGCUUAGGAGGUGACUGGAAAUUUCUGUUUUUACUAAACUUUUUUUUAGAACCCUAACCUGCUUAAAUUCCUUAAUAGCCUUGUCCAGCUACAAUUUUUGGGAUUGUCCAUUAUCAAUUUUUGAAUAUCAAGAUGAAAAUUUUAAGUUAGUCAUUAAUACAGAGCCUUUGUUAGCAGGCUGACCUGGCCUGGUUCUUGUGGUUCCAGCAAGUUUUCCAGAUUUUUAACUUAUUUGGAGCACACACUAUUUUCGGUAACCUUUAACUGCAUUAUAAAAAUAACUUGAGUACCUUUUAAGCUUGAAAAGUAAUUCCUAUAAUGACAAUGUAUUGGGAUUUUUAUAAUAAAGUCACAUGUAGGACUUACAAAUGUUGUAAGAUAAUGUUUGAAUUUUCUAUGAUUUAUUGAUCAGCUUGAAAUAUGAGAUAUAAAACUCUCUACAUUGAAAAAAAUAAAUCCUCUUGUUUUAUUCAUGUUGUAAAUGAAAACAAACUGUUACUGUAGUUGGCAAAAAACACUUCAGCAGAAGCUUUGAGUGUGUUUGUAACAUAUGGAAAUAACUUUUAGUAACCACAGUGUUUUAAGGUUACAUCAAACAGGUGCAGAUCCAUGAUUCUUUACCAAAGUGUCCCGCCGGGUUACAAAAUUUUGACAAAGGGUAAUAUAUAUACUAGUAUGCCAGGGAGUAGGUUAUAACCUCCUAUACCCCCUUUUGGAUUUAUAUAUGUAAAAUGAACUGUUGUAUCUUGUUUCUGUUGUCAACAUUGUCAGCUCUUGUUAGUUAUUUUGUUACAGUUGUAAUAACUCUAGUCAGAGAAAGAUAUAUUUAAGAGUGUUCUAUGUCAACAACUUUCAAUGUAGUCCAAUUGUGCAGUUCUGUACUUACUCAGCUGUAGGACGUACUCACCUAUAGGACAAACCAGUUAUAAGACAGGACCACAAAUUUUACUCUCAAAUAGGUAGUUUUUUGCUUUCACUUAAUUGAUCUACUUAUAAGACUAGAUGAUACAUGAUGUUACAUUAAAAAAACAUGUUAAAGGUGAGUAAAUAAAUACAUUUAAAAGACAAAAAAAUAUGAAAACUGCUGAAAAUAAGUCAGUUCUAUGCAUUAUGAAUGGUAUAAGCUAGUUUAUUAUUGUAUAUUAAUUUAUAUGUUGAAUGCUGUGAAAAAAGUUAUUUCAUUAAUGAAAGGCAUUUAGUUAAAUGAUGAUUGGUGUUUUAGAUACUUGUAUGAUUUCUUUUUUGUAGAUUUAUGGUUUUUUCUUAAAAUGUCACAAAUGGCUAUCUUUUUAGAAUCUUUCACAAUUCACUUCAUAAGUAUCUUUCAUCUUUCACCCAAAGUCAUGUUUUUAUCAAUUCAUAUUUUAUUUUCUAACUUAUUUCUCUAAUAGUCUUGAUUAUUAUUAUAUUGAUCAUGAAAUUCAAGCACUCUUGUAUAAUUAUUUAUAGAUAUAUCAUCCCCUUAGUGCAGUAACGGGUUAACUUCCUUGGCAAUUUAAAAUGAGUUGACACCUUAACUGCACUAAGGUGACAAUAUAUUUUGCACCCUUGUUUUACUUCUCCCUUACAUCUUAUAUGCACUUAUCCAUGUUCCAACCUGGACAAAAGCAUUUAUCGUUUAUAGGGAAAAUUUCAAAAUAUUUACUGAGUGCAGACCAUGAUCAAGAUGGCAUAGAUGUGCCAGCCGAUCUUGAUCUGCACUAGACGCAAGAGUACAAUAUGUGUAAAAAUUUGCUUAAUACUUGCUUUUAUUAAUAGGGAUGGUUAAUGUAAUUUUUUUCUCUUGUCCAAGAAAUUUCGAUACUUCAUUGAGAAUUUCCUUUUAAAUAGUGCUGAGAUUUUUUUAGGUAGAUAUAUUGUAUGACAGUUUUGUCACUAUUCUACAUGACAAUACCAUGUUAUGUAUAGCUUUAAUAAGCAGAGCUCCCAUUUUAAUGGUUACAGAUUUAGUUUAUUAUUGAAAUUGUUACAGAUUUAGUUAAAGAUAACUUAGCAAUACUGUGUAUAUAUUUGCAUUUGGCACCUGCCAGUUAAAAAACUCUUUAGCACAGAAGUCCUUAUUAUUAUUUUAAGCAGAUCAUUUACAUUUUUAUGCCCCCCCCCA